AUGGCAGUUGUAUCAUUAUCAGAAUUAUUAGAAGCAGGCGUACAUUUUGGUCAUCAAGCAAGAAGAUGGAAUCCUAAAAUGUUUCCUUAUAUAUAUACAGAGCGGAACGGUAUACAUAUUAUUGAUUUAGUGCAAACAGCUCAACUUCUUACAGAAGCAUGUGAUUUUAUAAAAAAUUGUUCCAGUGAAGGUAAAAAAUUUUUGUUUUUAGGCACAAAAAGACAAGCUUCUAGUAUAGUGGCAGAAGAAGCUCUGAGGUCUAAUUCUUAUUAUAUUAAUCAAAGAUGGCUUGGUGGAAUGUUUACUAAUUGGUUAACUAUAAAAUCUAGAGUAAGAAGGUUAAAAGAAUUAGAAAAACAAGAUAACUCAGGUUUAAUUAAUCAAUUGCCUAAAAAAGAAGCUGCGAUAUUACGCCAAGAAUUAUAUAAAUUAAGAAAACAUUUAGAUGGCAUUAAAGAAAUGAAAAAAUUACCUGAUUUAAUUAUAAUAGUUGAUCAAAAAAGAGAAACUACAGCAAUUCAAGAAUGUAUUAAAUUAGGUAUACCUACAAUUUGUCUUCUUGAUACAAACUGUAACCCUGACAUAAUCGAUAUACCUAUACCUGCUAAUGAUGAUGCCAUAAGAUCAAUUAAAUUAGUAAUGAGUAAAAUAGCAGAUGCCAUUUUAGAAGGUCAAAUUUCUUCAAAUGUAUUAUUAAAUUAA